AUGGACAAUCUAUCUAUCUAUCUAUCUAUCUAUCUAUCUAUCUAUCUAUCUAUCUAUCUCACCAACUCCUUAUUAUUAAGAUGGGAGGGCAACACUGAUGUUCACCAUACCCACGCCAAACCCUGUUUGAUCUAUCUAUCUAUCUAUCUAUCUAUCUAUCUAUCUAUCUCAUUCAGUUCAUUAUCUAUUGUGGAUCGUACCACAUCUAUCAUCUAUCUAUCUAUCUAUCUAUCUAUCUAUCUAUCUCAUUCUAUCUUCAUUUAUCUAUCUAUUCUAUCUAUCUAUCUAUCUAUCAUCUAUCUAUCUAUCUUAUAUCUAUCUAUCUAUCUAUCUAUCUAUCUAUCUAUCUUUUCCACCUUUUCUAUCUAUCUAUCUAUCUAUCUAUCAACUGAACUGCUACUAUACGCAUCUAUAUGUCAAAGCAAUAGUUGGCAAAUGAAUGUCAAAUUCGUCUUCCCAUCCUUUUAUCUAUCUAUCUAUCUAUCUAUCUAUCUGUUUGUGCUAAUACUAGGUAAAUGUAUGUCAAAUUCAACUUACGACACUUUUCUUUUUUCUUUCUUUCUUUCUAUCUAUCUAUAUAUCCUUUCUAUCUAUCUAUUUAUCUAUCUAUCUCUCUAUCUAUGUAGGAGCUGCGCUGUUAAUGUAUACAUCUAUAUGACAGACUAA